GCGGGGGAGUGAUGGUUGCAAGAUGGCGGCGCUGAAGGAGGCUCGGAGCUACGGGCUGUCGUGUGGGCGCGUGAGCGACGGCAGCAGGGUGUCGGUGUUCCACGUGAAGCUUACCGACAGUGCCCUGAAGGCUUUCGAGAGCUACCGGGCCCACCAGGAUUCUGUGUCACUGAAACCAUCCAUCCGAUUUGAAGGAAGCCAAGGGCACAUCUCUGUACCCCAGCCCGACUGCCCUGAGGAGGUGCGGGCCUUCUCCUUCUACCUCUCCAACAUUGGCCGGGACAGCCCCCAGGGCAGCUUCGACUGCAUCCAGCAAUAUGUAUCCAGCCAUGGGGAUGUACACUUGGACUGCCUGGGCAGCAUCCAGGACAAAGUCACAGUGUGCGCCACUGAUGACUCCUACCAGAAGGCACGACAGAGCAUGGCGCAGGCAGAGGAGGAGACUCGGAGCCGAAGUGCCAUUGUCAUUAAGGCUGGAGGCCGCUACAUGGGCAGAAAGGUUCAGUUCCGGAAGCCGGCGCCAGGGGCAGCCGAUGCAGUGCCCUCCCGGAAGCGGGCCACCCCCAUCAACCUGGCAAGCGCCAUCAGAAAGAGCGGUGGGAGUGGAGCCAGCAGUGUGGUGCAGAGGCCCUUCAGAGACCGAGUGCUGCACCUCCUGGCCCUGCGGCCCUACAGGAAGGCAGAGCUGCUGCUGCGGCUGCAGAAGGACGGGCUGACACAGGCAGACAAGGACACCCUGGACAGCAUGCUGCAGCAGGUGGCCAGUGUGAACCCCAAGGACAGUACAUGCACACUGCAGGACUGCAUGUACAAAGAUGUGCAGAAGGACUGGCCCGGCUACUCCGAGGGCGACCAGCAGCUGCUGAAGCGCGUGCUCACGCGGAAGCUGUGCCAGCCACAGAGUGUCACCACAACAGACUCCAGCCCACCCCGAGAGCAUGGGCGUUCAGCCUCACCCUCGCAGAAGCGGCCACAGCACGCAGACUUCAUUGACCCCCUGGCCAGCAAGAAGCCCCGGAUCUCACAUUUCACACAGCGAGCACAGCCAACCCUCAAUGGCAAGCUGGGCGCCCCCAAUGGUCACGAGACCCCGCUGCCCACCGCAGGGCCCACCCCCACAGAAACCCUGGCCUCUAGCCAUCUGCCGCCACGGCUGGAGCCCCCACGGACCCACGACCCUCUGGCUGAUGUCAGCAAUGACCUAGGCCACAGCACCCAGGAGGCCACCGCAGCCCCAGCCCCAGCCCCCCACCUUGGCCUGCCCCUACUGACGGACUUUCCCCACUCUGAACGACCCGUGGGCUCCUGCCACAUCCGCAGCCGACCCAAGAAGAAGUCUAAGAAGCACAAAGACAAGGAGCGGCCUCCCGAGGACAGGGCCCCUGCCCCCCAGCCUGCUGCACCCCCUGCCCCUGCGCUGCCCCCAGACGCCCCAGGUGUGAACGGAGCCUGUGCCACUGUCCUCACAUCCUCUUCAGAGACCCCGGACUACUUGCUGAAAUACCCAGCCAUCUCGUCGUCAGAGCAGCGUCAGAGCUACAAGACCGACUUCAACGCUGAGUACAGUGAAUACCGCAGCCUGCAUGCGCGCAUUGAGCAGAUCACACGCAGGUUCACACAGCUCGAUGCACAGCUGAGGCAGCUGAGCCAGGGCUCCGAGGAAUACGAGACAACUCGUGGGCAGAUUCUUCAGGAAUACCGGAAAAUCAAAAAGACCAACACCAACUACAGCCGAGAGAAGCAACGCUGUGAGUACCUGCACCGCAAGCUGGCGCACAUCAAGCGGCUCAUCGCAGAGUAUGACCAGCGGCAGCUGCAGGCCUGGCCCUAGCGUCGGUGGGCUGUCCUGAUGGCCCCGCCUGCCUUUUCUAGUUUUAUAUGGACUUGGCCCUUUAGCUGCGCAGAGACUGUCUAUUUUUGUACCUUUUCUACUCCGUGCCUCCUCCACGGCCCACGUCUCCAGUGUGAGAGGGUCCAGGGAGAGUCAGCAGCCGGUGCCAGGCCUGCUGCCUUCAGAUCCCCAAGGUCACGGCAGCUUCCCAGCUGUGCCCAAAGCCUCAGCCCCGGCUUCGGUGGCAUGUGGUCCUCAGCCCCAC